CCGUUUAAGUUUUAGUUUCCAAGAGUCCAAACAAGCCUUUUGACAUUAUACUGAAGUGAAAGUCGUGUGUAUUUUAUAUAUUACUCUAGGCGAGGUUUUCGUUAAUAACAUUUUCAGUCAGAUUUAACAAAGUAUAAAAUAGUAAUUCCAAAAGGAAAUUACAGAUUUGAUCCCGAUUGAAAGUAAAGUGAAAGUGAAAGUUGCAUUUAUGGAAGUUCCAUUUGCAUGUGAAAUUUUUUGAAAAGUCACGACGUGGCGUACAAGAUAUUUUCAGAGAUUAGCAUUUUCUUUUGUCAUGGAUCAACCAACUGGACAAAGAGCGUAUGAGCACCAAGAUGGUGGUUCUUCGAGAGGACGUGGCGACAGAAAUCAGAGAGGUGGAGGUAGAGGAAGAGGAUAUGAUGGAGGUGGUAGUAGAGGAUAUGAUAGAGGUGGUAACAGACCAUACAACAGAGGUAAUAAUAGAUCAGGUAAUCAACCGAAUAACAGAGACAAUUACAGACAGGACAACAGACAGUUUAACCGAGAAGAGAGACCACAAAGUGGCGGAUUUGGUAAACCCUCUUACCACAAGGGACCAAAUGUACAACACCAGGAAGAUAUGGAACAAGGUCAAAACAAUUUCAACGAUAGGGCUAGACCUAUAGACAAGAAUCAUGAAGAUCAUGUGAGAGAUACUAGCCCAGACAGACAAGACAGAUCACGGCCAACAAACAAAAAUGAUGAGGAUCAUACCAGGGAUCCAAGUCCAGAUAGAAGCUUACCUGAACACUGUAUACAGGAGAAUCAAGGUUCGUCUUCUGAUGCUUCAACCCAAAACCAGUCACAGCAAGUCCAAAAUACUGGGGCAUCAGGUUCCCAGGGAAGGAACAUAAACCAACAAGAUUUUGAUAGUCAAAAUAUGGAAUGGAAUGCACAACAAGGCCAAGGAAAAGAAUUCUACAAUCAAAACCAACAUGGACAAGAUUACAGACGUCAACACAGCAAUAGAGGUAGAGGUCAACAACAUAAUGAAAAUUGGGAGGACACACAGGGACAGGGUCAGGUCAGGGAUCAUCGGAAUCAGCAGUAUAAUAGAAACCGUGAUAAUCAUCAAAAUUAUGACAGACAGUACCAGAAGUAUGAUGAAAGACGAGAGGGUCAUGGUAGAGAUCAAAGAAAUCAAGAAUAUUCUGACAACAAAGAUGGGUACCAGCAAGGUCAGGGAAUCAAUAGAAGAGUCUAUCAACAAAAUAAUGACAGGAGACAGCAAAGAUCAUGGGGAGAAAAAUCAGACUUCCAGCUAUCAAAAGCACUGUCAUUUAUACUGAGACAUGGUGCAGAAAAACAGGGAUAUAAAAUGAUGCCAGGUGGUUUUCUGUAUGUUGACGAAAUUCUUAAAAAGCAAAACAAUCUACGGGAUUAUAACCUUGAAGAUGUGAAAAGAAUUGUUGAAACAAAUGACAAAAAGAGAUUUCAUAUGGAGCCAGAUAAAGAAACAGGAAAAAUGAAAAUCCGAGCAAACCAAGGACACAGUAUUGAAGUGCAGGAUCUUGAAUUAAAACCACUACUAUCUGCCAAGGAAGUUUCUAUGGUUAUCCAUGGAACUUAUUAUAAUUCUUGGGAGAAGAUAAAGAACACAGGCUUAAGUCGAAUGAAUAGAAACCAUAUCCACUUUGCUGCAGGAGAACCAGGAGAAAAUGGAGUCAUCAGUGGCAUGAGACAAUCCUGUGAAGUUAUGAUAUUUAUUAACCUAGAGACAGCUUUAAAAGAUGGAUUCAAGUUUUUCCGGUCAGCUAAUAAUGUUAUACUUUGUGCUGGAAAUGAAGAUGGAGUUAUUCCCCCAAAAUACUUUGUAGAAGCUGUACAGAGGAACCCAAGACAGAGAUUACAGUUUGAUGAGAAUGUGAAAGUAGUAAAAGUACCUAUUGGUGGUGCAAGUUUGGUACAGGAUGGAAAAGGAAAGAAGAAGAAAAACAAGAAAAACAAAGGAGAUAGAGAGAAAGAAGAAGGAACAGAAACACAGAAAAAGAAAGAUAAGACAGAAAUAGACGAGACUGCAGUGGAAGAUACAGCACAAAUGUUUAAUGAAAAGAUGGAAGUGGAUUCACCAAGUGGAUCUAAGGCUGUGGAUGUGCCAAGGAAGUCUGAAGCUCAGAAUGUUAAAGCAGCAAGUGGAUCUGGAGCACUGGGUAAAUUAAAAGAUGAUUAUCCUAACACUCCUCCUAAUAGCUGGGAGGAUGAUGACAAGUUUGAAGAUGCUGUACAGCAUCAGGAGGUACAGCAUCAGGAACCGGAUGAGGAAUUUGUGGAUGCUCAUGGAUCUGGUCCGGAUGUUAUUCUGGAAUCUAGUGAAGAAAUAAUCACAAUAAAUGACCCUGAUAAUAGUAUGAGUGCUGUAGAUUAUCUGAUGGAGAAGGCUGUGGUGGCUGCCCAUGUGGAACUGUCUGAAGAUGGCUUAAAGAGAAUUACAUGUGUAACUGAAGAUAAAUCUUACAUCUUUGAAGUGGAAAAUAGUCCUUACUUAAUGACUUCUGGCAAAGUGGCAGAAUUUUUCAAUUGGAUCCCUGAACCAAAAGGUCCAUUCAAAGUAUUUCAUGGACUAGAUUCAAAGACAUGUGCUGUGUUUUUUGACAAAUAUGAAAUUAUUUUGGAUGGAACUAAAAUAUAUGAUCUCAAGGUUGCCUAUGAUAUAUUGAAGGAUGGAAGUUUUGGUGAUAUGGAUAAAUUAAAGAAGACUGGAUUCAUUCCUGACUGUGUCCCUGUUGACAAAGAUAAUGUGACUGCUGUUUGUUUACCCUACCUAAAGGCAUAUCAGUAUUUCUCUAAUGAAGUGAGUAAGGAAUUGAAAGAUUACAAGAAACUACUGUUUCAAAUGGUCAAGGCUGACAUUGAUACUGGCAAGAUGAAAAAACUAAAAGAUAAAAUAAAGAAAGAUUUGAAAGUUGCCCAUCAAGCAGCAAUCACUGCCCAAGAACCAAAAAAAUCAAAGACAAAGAAGCACAAAGGGGGUCACUGAUUACCAGACAAUUUAGGCAAACAAACAGAGAAAGAUUUAGGAUUAAUUAUUUACUGUGAAUACAAUAAAAAUGUGUACAUAUACUAUUUUUUUAUUAUUUUUUUGGUUAUUGGACAAACAUGUGAAAUUAGUGCCAAUUUAUAAAAUGUUACAAAAUGCAAAUAUAGAGUUCCAACUAAUGCAAUGCUAGU